AUGGGUGCUCUUCACUAUCUUGCAAACUUGUGCACUGUUAGAAGCACUAGAAACAAAAGGAGAUCAAUGCAGACAGUCGAAAUUAAAGUGAAAAUGGACUGCGAUGGAUGUGAGAGAAGAGUGAAGAAUGCUGUUAAAUACAUGGAAGGUGUGAAAACCGUGGAAAUUAAUCGGAAGCAAAGCCGCGUAACAGUUAAUGGCUAUGUUGACCCGAACAAAGUGUUAAGGAGAGUGAAGAAUACAGGGAAAAGAGCUGAAUUUUGGCCAUAUAUCCCUCACAAUGUUGUUCAUUAUUCUUAUACAUCUCAAGCUUAUGAUAAAAGGGCACCUCCUGGAUUUGUGAAAAAUCUUACACAGGCACUUCCUUCUACUAAUGCAACUGAAGAACGAAUCUCGUAUUUCUUUAGCGAGGAUAAUCCCAAUGCUUGUUCUAUUAUGUGA